GUGUUCUCCAUUGUGGUGUUUGGCUCCAUUGUCAAUGAAGGGUACGUGAACCGCGUGGACGAGACACAAGAGCACUGCAUUUUCAACCGCAACCGCAAUGCCUGCAACUAUGGCAUUACGGUGGGUGUCCUCGCCUUCCUCAGCUGCCUUCUUUACCUGGCUCUGGAUGCCUACUUCCCGCAGAUCAGCAGCGUCAAGGACCGCAAGAAGGCAGUGCUCUCGGACAUCGGAGUCUCGGCCUUUUGGGCAUUCCUCUGGUUCGUUGGCUUCUGCUUUCUGACCAACCAGUGGCAAGCGUCAAAAGAAGAGGACAACCCAAUGAAUGAGGGAGGGGACGCAGCCCGAGCAGCCAUCACAUUCUCGUUCUUCUCCAUCUUCACCUGGGUGAGUACAGCAACCAUGAUGUGGGCCAGGCAUUUCCGACUGGGUGCCGAUUCGGCCCUCUUCUCCCAGGACUACAUGGACCCAAGCCAGGACUCCGGCAUGCCUUAUGCUCCGUACACGAAUGAGGAGGAUGCUACAGAUGCGGUGGGGACGUACCAGCAGCCCCCUCCAGCAGAUGCUUUCGACACCGAGACACAGGGGUACCAGACGCAGAACUACUGAGCCACCAAUGCCCCUUUCCCUUCCUCUUCCCUUCUGCCCCCUUUCCCACUGCCGGCAGAAAGCCAAGGCACAAACCAGACACGUGCAUAGUGGCACAAGAGGUGGCUCUCAGCUAUGCUCCAGCCUUCUGGGUCAUCUGUUUUUAUUUAUUGUUUUUAAAAAA